UCGCCCGUAGAUUCAUGGCGCCCGCUUGCGCCGUAACCAGCAGGCGGAAAAUGGCCUGGGAGCGCGGCCAAGGCGGGAAAGGAACCUCCUUCGAACUCCGGGGCUUGUUGCUGCCGGACAAAACAGCAAGUGGAAAAGAGCAGGAAGUCGAUGAGGACGAGGACAGUGACGACCAGGAGCCCCUGGCUGAGCUACCCGAAGAUUCGAGCCAACUUUCUUUCUUCCAGCCCCCGCGCCGGACAGUUAUAAUAAAAGAUGAAAAAUCCCAAAAGGAAUACAAGGUGGUUGGACGGUUUCCAUUUAAGGACCCAUGGUGGGAAGUGAAUGUUAAGGUGAAGCUGGCUGGAUCAAAGUGCUAUGCACAGGGGUACCCAUCUUACUUUCUACAGACCCACCCAAAAGAAAAUUGGAAAGCAGUUAUUUCACUAUUUUUUGAGGCAUGUAAAGUACCAGAAGAAUUUAAAAUAGCAUUUUUUAAGUGGCUUCCUGAAGAGUCUUCCCUAAAUUUUGAACAUCUUGAAGAAAAAUUAAACCAGUUUAUGGUAUCGAAAUAUCAGGAAAGAAACCCUAAAAAUGCCAGAGACGUUGACAUCUUUUAUUACAUUAAGAACUCAUCUGCAGGGAAAGCUGUUCUGGUAGCCAUGGUCUUCCCAGCUAUUGUGGAAUUCUUGCCAACACUUCUGCCAUAUAGCAUCUCCAGCUGCAUUGAGUGGUUGGACUGGAGUGAAAUCAGUGGCUAUGAAUGCAGAAAUGAUAGAUUAACAAAACUGAAUAUGAUCUUAACAGAAGAGCCAUGGAAACUUGGAUUCAGCACAAUAUUAUACAGAGAUCUGCAUACGUACAUUGGUGAAGCUCCUUGGAAAGCUUUCUGUGAAUUCACACAACUUCUUGAAAAGAUUCCUGAUUUACAAAAGAAUGCAUUAAUAAUAUAUGCAGAACUCCAGAAGAGGUGUCGAGAGAUGGGACAUACAUAUGAAGAACUGGAUGUGUUGAUGAGUAUGGUCUCUGAUAUGUCCACUGAAUGUGUUUGGCAGUCACUUCAGUUUAUGAAAGAAGAGAAGAUAGUGGUUAUUGAGAGAAAACUAGUGUUCCUUUACAAGCUGUACAAAGCUGAAAAAGACAUUGCACUGGUUAUAUAUGAGCUCAUAAAGAAAACCCCAUGGCAGUUUCAUGUUGAUGUGAGAAAGGUACUUAAUAGUGGUGCACAUAUUAAUGAUCCAAAAGGCCCAGUUGAGAAUAUGUUAAAUGAUGAGGAAGAACCUAACAGUAAUUCAGAUAUGCAAGAAAAUAUGGAUGGAACCACCAGUAAAGAAACCUGUGAAGCAGAAGUGGAUCCAGAUCAGGAGAAUGCAAUGGAAUUGAUCUGUUCCAAUCCAGUAACAGUUAUGAGUGGCAAAGGUGGCUGUGGAAAAACAACAGUGGUUAGUUCCCUUUUUCGCUAUCUAAAACAAAUGGAGUUUGAAGAAGUUAGAAGAGCCUGUAAAGAUUUUGAAGCAGACCUGGACACAUCAGAAGAGUGGAAAACUUCUAAGCCAUCUUUUUCUCUCAAUGUACAUUCAGAUAAAAGUGAAUUGCUGGAAGUCUUGUUUACUGCACCUACAGGGAAGGCAGCAGGUUUGUUGAGUAAGAAAACAGAUCUUCCUGCUUAUACUCUGCAUCAGGUUGUCUAUAGCUAUUACUCUGGGGCCAAGCCAUGGAAGUUUUCUAAAGUCAAAGUGUUGGUUGUAGAUGAAGGAAGCUUGGUGUCCGUAGUUGUUCUUAGCAGAGUUUUAAAACUCUUAUUCCACAAUGCUCAGCUUUCAAAGCUCGUUAUUCUUGGUGAUAUUAGACAGUUACCCAGUAUUGAGCCUGGUAACAUGCUGUGCGAUGUGUUUGAGAGUCUGAAAUCGAGCAAUUGGUCAGUAGAACUCAGAACCAAUCACAGAACUGAAUCACAGUUAAUUGUGAAUAAUUCAACAAGAAUCUCUCAGCGGAUGUACCCAGAAUUUGAUGCUGUGCUCAGAAGCUCUGACAAGAAUAGAACCUGGCCAAUGCCAAGUCCAGAGAAAAAAUUUAUUUUUGUUGCCCUGUCUUCUGAAGAUGACUUGCAGCCUGCCAUAAAGGCUUUGCUAAAAGGAGGACCAGGGCUUGAAGAUGCUGAGCAGUCACAGUUCAUUUCUUUUAGAAGGAAAGACUGUGACCUCAUCAAUGAACUCUGUUGUCAGCACUACUCACAUCAUCCAAUGCGAAACGAUAAAAACCAGUUACAAUUUCAGUGCGGUGACAAAAUUUGUUCCACAAGAAAUGCAUACGUAAGAGAUCUUCAUCCAAAUGAUAAGAUUUGCACAAAGAAUAAUAGAGAUCCUGAUCCAUGUGAUUGUGAUAAGUGCUUUACAAGAGAAGAUUGCCUCUCUGGUCGGAAUCCACCUUCCCAUGAAAAUAAAGAUACUGAUAAUACACGCUUGUGCAAUGGAGACAUAUUCUACAUUGAAGAGGACAGAGAAGUUGACAAGCGUCGGCUCCUGACCAUUAGUAGCACUGAAGGACCUACAUACACCCUGCUUUAUCGAGGUCUCCAGAGAGUAUGUAAGAUACAGCAUGCCUGGGCCAGAACUAUUCACACAUUUCAGGGUUCUGAGGAGAAGACUGUUGUCUAUGUCGUUGGAAAUGCUGGUCGUCAGAACUGGCAGCACGUAUACACAGCUGUUACUAGAGGACGUAGUCGAGUCUAUAUUGUAGCUGAAAAAGCCAAACUCCAAAAAGUUAUAGCUACCAAAGAAUUCCCCAGAAAAACUCAUUUACGAAAACAUUUGCAAGAUGCAUUUAUGGGGAAAACUGAUUCUUUUGAGGAAAAAUUUUCUUCUCAAGGGAAUGUACAGAGUGAAGAGGAUAGGAUCUAUGACUUUGCUCCUCAUGCUGGAAAUAAUUGCAUUAACUUAGAGGAGGCUGCAGUUUCUGAUGAAAUGAAAGAUGACAACAGACAGAGAACUGUUGAGCUAACUGAAAUGUCACGCCACCCAGGUGGGCUUAAAAGGCACAGUAACUUUCCAGAGGAUUCUUCAAGUCCUUCUAAAAUAAUGCUGAUAACGGAAGACAACUCCCCACUUGGAAUAAACAGACUUCAAGGCAUGACACUGGAGGGUCCUGUUCCUAAAAAGCUUUUUCCAUCAUAACAAAUCUGCUAUCUGGCGAGGUGCUUCAUUUUGAUUUUCUUUUACAAAGCGUGCAUCUGAAGUAUAAAGCUGGGGUGUGGGCGGUCCAUUUUUAAAAAUAGAUUUUUCAGAUUAAAAGGGAAGGCUCCCCCCCCUUCAAAAAGUCAUUUUAAAAGUCCAAAUAGUAUUAUUUUUUAUUAAAGUUGUCUGCAUCUCUUGUAAUGGAGAAGCACACAUCCUAGGACUAAUUUUGAUGGUCAUUACUGGGGAAAAAACAGGUGUUGGAUUUUUUUUUAAAAAACCAUGUUGUCAUGAGAUGUUGUUGUUGAUAGGUGGUGUCCACUUCUGCUGCUAGUGUUCUGAAGAUGUUACUAGAAGCUGUGUGGUAAGAGUUUACAUAAUGAUAGGGACAAGCGAAUCUUUUACUCUGGCUUUGUUGGAGGACUCCCUUCUCUCAAAGCAGUGCUGUAUUAAUGAAAAGUAUUUCAUUGCAAGAAAGAUUACCUUUAAACAUGGCUUUAGAAACCUGUGUUAGAUCAGAAUGAGAGAAACUGUACUUACAGAAGCCCAUUUGGACAUGUAUUUUCCUAAUCCAAUCAGGGCUGUGCACUCAGAAGCCUGAGUUAUGUCAUUCUUGUCCCUUCUUGGAUCAGGGCACAGAAGUAGUCUUGGUUUUUAGAAUCUGAAAAGCAGGGAGCUUUGAGACCCAUGGUGGACAAAAAUCUUGUUUGAUCCCUGCUGUCCGCCCACUUCAACCCUGCCGCCAUCACCACUUUCUUCCCUUUUCCACCCAUCCCCAUUUAUGCUUUAUGUAGUAUCUUGGCUGAUAUUCUCCCUGUUUGGGGAAGAUUUUAACACACACACAUCCCUCUUUAAAUAUUUUGGGGAUAAAGAUACAGACAUCUUCCCUGUCUGUAACUGGCCCUAUUGUGCAGAUUCUUAAUCUACAUCUUUGGGGAUAAAUUUAGAAUGUAUGUCUAAGAUUAUUUUAAAGAAUCUGGGACAUAAGCUUGUACAUAUGAGUGAUGACAUUCCCAUAUAUUCACUGAAUGCUUGGGGAGGGAGACCAGGAGCAAGCAAACUGGGUCUCCCUCCUGCCACCAUCUUGUCCCUUCUUGGAUCAGGGCACAGAAAUAGUCUUGAUUUUUAGAGUCUGAAAAGCAGGGAGCUUUGAGACCUAUGGUGGACAGAAAUCUUGUUUGACCCCUGCUGGCCUUCAACACAUGCAAUAUCCUCUUUAAAUCAUUUACAUUUUUCAUACAAAUUUUUCAACAGUUUGAACUCCCAGAUAAAUCUCCACAACUGCCCAGUCAUUUGCAGGGAGGCUGUGCAACCUUUCCCUCUCCAUGGUCAGCAAAUUUAAAAAAACAGUGUUGUUGUAGAUCACUGGGAAGGAGAGUUUGCAUGGCCACUUCUUCCGUGUGGGUUUAAGUAAAAACUGUCUCUCUAAAUUGUAAACUCAGUUUCUAAAUCUUUCUCAGUUAUUUGCACUUCAAAUGUGAGACCUGGAUAAUGUAAAUGAUAGAGAAUGCAGGAUCAUUUGUUGAGAUUGUAGAGUUUUUUGCUAACUAAAUAGAAGUUGGCAUAAAAAUUCAACACAUAUCCUCUUUAAAUCAUUGUUUAUUUUUUUUUACAUUUUCCAUACAAAUUUUUCAACAGUUUGAAUUCCCAGAAACCAUACAUUGACGAUAAAUAUCAUGCUAUUAAAGUAUUAAAUUUGUACAAAAAUACUUUUCAUUUUAAUACUCAUUUGUUACAAAUAAAAAUACAUAUUAAGUGGUUUAUGA